UUUCCUUUUUCUCUUCCAUUCUUUCAGUCACAUGUUUUCCUGAGAAAACUGCUUGUUUUGCUCCUCAGCCAACUCCACCACCUCUUGACGGCGUUCCGGCUAUUCCUGUCCUUGCUAUCAUUGCUUCUUCUUCUUUUUUCUAUUCGAAAAAAAAAGAGUUACGGAUAGCACUACACCAUUGAAUUCACUCUUAGAAACAAUGUCUUCGAUUUUAGGUUUAGCAGCAGCUCCUUCUUCACAAGUUAACCGCAUUCUUGAAAGGUCUAUGUAGUCUGUCCAAGUCCAAGGUAAUAGCCUUUUGAGUCAAUAAUCGUUGACGAUUUAUUCUCCCGAGAAAAAAUGAGCCAAGAAAAUGGCACUGCUACAUUCUCUACUACGUCUCCUUUGGAUGUUCACGUCCGAGAUCCUAACAAGCGCUUAAAAAUUUCAUACACAAGAGAAUUUCUUCUCUCCUUAGACCAAACGGACCUAACAGUGAAGUUUCCUUCUGUGCUUGAUGACGAGGCAUCCGAACUUUUCUCUUUACGUUUAUGUGUUCCAGAUCCCAGGUGUCAAAAAAGUGUUCCUCAAAAUUUUUCUCUGGAGGUUCCUCGUGAUAUUAAUAGUCUAUUGCAUAGAAGUGAUGAACCAUACAGGCCCCCAUGUCGCUACAAGUCACUUCCUUCAACUAGACAUAGCAAUGACUUGCUUAACGGUGACAUAUCUGGAUCUUGUGAGUGUGCAAAUCAAGAGAUAGCAGAUAGGGAAAUAUGGAGAAAAGGAAGAAUUUCAAUAUGUCGUCCCUCAGAAGCUUGUAUCUCUCCUACUAGUGUGGGAAAGGAAAAACAGUUCGCUUCAAUGGUUGAUGACUGUGAAUCAUCUACGGUCUAUUGUAGAGGCAUUUCAGUUGGCAUGAAGCAAAAUCCAUCCAGCCCUGAUUUCCACGUGCGACGGGAGUUGAAGUUAAAUUCUUUCACUGAUAGCAUAGACGGAGAAUCGAGUUCGAGCAGUGAACUUUGCUUGCCUGACGAAGACAGUUUAAUUACAUUUGAUGAACUAUUCUUGCUGUCCGAUGUGGAAAAUUUGGCUGUGGUUGAUAGUUCCAUGUCUAGUACCGCUGAAAGGAGUCCAAUUGAAGCUGAGGUGUUUAGUCCAAGCUCACCUCGAGAAAUGAUUGAAAAGCUAGUGGAAUUUAUACUCAAUGAAGAAAGUUCUACACCAAAUGUGGAUGAUCCAAUGGUGCACCAUGGAACUGGGUUGGGCUGCUUUUCCCACUCUACGCAUGCACAACAAAAUCACGCCGAGUUCUGCUCCAAUCAUUUGAAUCCAGAGAGGAAGGAUCAACUGGACCAUAAUAGAUUUCAAAUAAACUCCAUUGAUUCGGUCGUUCAUUCUUUUUUUUCCCACUCUUUCCCAUCCAAUCCAUUUUCUCAACAUUUCCCUCUUUAUCACGACGAGCUGGAAAGGUUUGAUCAUGGAGUUAGUCAAACAAUGUUCCAGCAGAUUAUAAAUCCUGAUAAACUUCAUGUCCGUUCAUUAAGUGUAUCCAAAAGUGGAGUUCCACUGCAUCUGCCUGCACUCCAGAUGGCUUCUUGCACACAAAAGCUAAAUUCGAUGCCGACUGGAACCUUCGCGUAUCAGGAGCCAAAAAACUACGGGGAUUUUGUAAAAUCAAGUCUCGGGUCAUUGUAACAUCAAUCCAACUCCAGUUGACAGUUGCAUUGAAAUGAAAUUACGAGCAAAUCACUGCCA